AUGAGUUUUCGAACGUUUGCUUCAGCUCGUCUGCUGGCUUCAAGCCUGCAUUGCAUCUUGUUCUUGGGUUUUCUUGAGAUUUCUUCCGCUGUUCCGUCACUUCUCCAAUGUGCUGAGCCCUUGGUUGACGGCGCGCAAUUCAGUGGCCACGGAGCUGUAGUUACAUCGAUACAGGCGGUUAUCAGCCUUACCAAUGGAAAGUCACUCAGUUGCGGGUCCAAUGUCCCUACCUCGACCACAGGACUUUCUAUCAGUUUUUCCAAUCCUGGCCGUCUUUGCAUCGUCGAAAUGGUCUCGAGCGCAGGCACAGGGACAUGGGGGAUUCAAGGAGGGGAAUGUUCAAUGACCAGGUCACUUAGCUGUGGCGGUGCUGUGACUCUUCCUUCCUCGGGGACCGUCACUUUGAGAGGCGCAUGGUCCAACUCAAGGUCUGACUCUAUCAAGAAGACUGCCGAUUGUGUCUACACUAUCGUGCCGGCCUCUUGCCCAGCCAACACGUACAAAGAUUCGACAGGGAACUGUGCGAAGUGUCCUGGAAUUAUGACGUCACCGGCUGGCAGUUCAUCUGUGACGGAUUGUGAGCUGGAAGUUAGCAAAUUUGUACAGCAUGUAGCGCUGGAUACUAUAAAGAUUGUAGCCAACAGAAGUGCAUGCAAUGUUCGAAUUGCAAGACCGGAGAAUAUCUUUCUGGGUGUCAAGGGUCUAAACCAGGAACUUGCAGAGCUUGUCCUCAGCUUGCUUUGCUGGAAUCAAGAUUCCGGGGUGUGGGACAUCGAACUCAACAUGUCCAUCAGAAUUUGGUACUACAUCGAAGACUGCUGCUGCAUCAACCUAUGUUCCCUUUAUUAUCUGAUGCGUUUCGUCUUUUUCGCUUUUGAAGCCAAAUUCCAACUUCCUUUUAUUCAAGCAAUCGCCGACGCAUCGGAAGUCACCAUCGAAAUGGUUAAUAUCACCAAGCUCAUCGACAGCGCACAAGCCACCUCGACGAGCUCGUCCUCGUCCUCGUCCUCGUCCUCGUCCUCGUCAAGCCAGCAGAGUUCUUCAUCUCAGACUUCGAGUUCCUCUGCCAGUUCGUCGUCCUCAAACUCAGGAUCAGCAUCCUCCUCUGGCUCAGGAGAUGGUGUUCACAACUACGAAGCCAUUGCAGACGACUGUGGUAAAGAAGCUGACGGAGCGGCGGAUCAAUUUCAAUCUACAGCAGCAGGGAUUACCAAGUGGAUCACUCAUAAGCGGAGGAGUACUUCUCAGUGCUUCACCUUCACAGCUCCCAUCAACGCAUGUAAGCACAUCUGUCUUUGUGACGACACUCUCUGA